GUCUAAAAAGUCACAAAAUUUGAUAUAAUAUGGUCAUUAAAAAUAUAUUUGGGGUUAACUUUUCCUAUCAUUUUUUCAAAAAAAAAUGAAAGAUCAAAAUUUGGAAACAGGGAUCAAGGAGUGGUUGAAAAAAGGGAGCUGAACAGUAGCUGAAAAGUCGGCAUCUUGGUGCGGAAAGAUGAACAAGAAAGGUCUCGCAGUUCUUAUGCGGACCAAAGUGCGUCCCUCCAUAUCACCACCUUUUCCGAACACAUUUCACAAAAUGAAGACCUCUCCCCGGGAAAGCGCCCCAAUUUCUCCUCCCUCUACACCCUCCGAUUCCGAAAGGGACUUUACUCAAGUAAGGGAUUGGAUGCACUCUGCAAUAUCAAUGAACAAGGCAGAAAUUUUAGAUGCUGCUCUAGAUGAGUUUUCUGAGGGUUAUGUUUGUCUUUCCCAUGAAAGUCGUCGGGAAUUACUUCUUGCACUUGGCCAAGAUUACGAUCUCCACCGGGCUCAAGUUCGCGAGUUGAUGAAACAAUAUCUUGAUCUUCAGCUUCCAAGUGAUAAGGCUGAAAACAGUGGGAAUGAAGAGGAAGGGUCACUUUCUGCUUUCUACAGGAUAGAGCGGAAUCUGAGGCAUGCUUUGAAGCCAAUGUAUGAAGUUCUCUUUGAGCGCCUCAAUACGCAUCCUGGAGGGUUGAAGUUCCUAUCUGAUAUGCGGGCUGAUAUUAUUUCAAUUCUCGCGGAUGAAAAUGUGGCAUCAUUGAGAGCAUUAGAUUCCUUCUUGAAAGAAAAACUUGUUACAUGGCUCAGCCCUGCAAAUCUAGAGCUCCACAAUAUAACAUGGGAUGAUCCUGCAUCUUUGUUGGAGAAGAUUGUGGCAUAUGAGGCUGUACAUCCAAUAAGCAAUCUCAUAGAUCUCAAAAGAAGGCUGGGAGUAGGUCGUCGUUGCUUUGGUUAUUUCCAUCCAGCAAUACCUGGUGAACCUCUUAUUUUUAUUGAAGUAGCACUUAUGAAAGAUGUGGCUCAGACAAUACAGGAGGUCUUAUGGGAUGAUCCUCCAGCGCUUGAAUGUGAUGCUAGUUGUGCCCUAUUUUACUCUAUUUCAUCUACUCAGCCUGGUUUAUCAGGGAUUAACCUUGGAAAGUUUCUAAUCAAGCGUGUGAUUGAUGUGGUAAAGAAGGAUUUGCCCAACAUCUCUUCAUUUGCAACACUAAGCCCUAUUCCUGGUUACAUGCAAUGGCUGCUCUCUAAGUUGGCUUCUUCAGAGAGAUCAACUCCUACUUUUAGGGAGAACUUGCUUAAUCCAGAUGAAGAAAGAGCCAUUUUAGAUGCUUCCGGAGAAUUGAAUAUAGGAAAAAGUGGUAUGGAAGUGCUGUGGAAUCUGUUGGCAUCAAAGGACUAUGAGUGGGCAAAUUCAAUGAACUUGACAUCUGUGCUUAGAGCCCCUCUUAUGCGACUUUGUGUGAGGUACCUUGUGCACGAGAAGAAGAGAGGAAAGGCUCUCGACUCUGUCGCCAAUUUCCACUUACAAAAUGGGGCUAUGGUUGGAAGACUUAAUUGGAUGGCCGACAGAUCCGAAAAGGGCCUUAAGCAAAGUGGCGGUAUAAUGGUAAAUUACAUAUAUAGGCUGGAGAAUAUUGAAGAAAAUGCUCAGUCCUAUAUUUGUGGAGGGCAUAUCCAAACAUCCUCUGAUGCCAUAUUCUCUUUUGAGGAUGAUCAACAAGAUAGAAAGGAUUAGUACUAUAUGUCCAAAUUGUAUAAUCUCUGCUCUCAUCAUACAGGUGCACAUGUGGCACACCCUCAGGGUCGCUUUUAAUUUGUAUGU